ACUUCAUGGUCAACACAUAUUAAAUACCAUCACAUUUAACUUUAGACAAAUCUAUAAGAUACAUAGGCCUUGUGACCUUUACACUGGGUAUGUCCCAGUGACCACAUUACAGAAAACUGAUUGAAGUCAUAAAGCAAAUUGGAAUUGAACAUAAUUUUGUCAUGCAAGAUGUUUUGAGCAAAAGAACUGAGUCUCCGUCACUGUGACUUCAAUGAGCGGUGUGUGGAGUAGGUGUGUGUUUCUGAAGUUGCCACUCAAGAAAGUUUUGCCAACACAGCUCCCACUCACAACCCACAAGCGCAGAGAGGAACAUCUGCUGUCACAGCGAUCCAACAAACCUGCUGAAUUGUAAAACUAAAAUGGCCACUCAAUCUCCAUCAAAUGAAAGUAUCUCCAACCAAACCUGUAAUAUGUUUGUCUACAAGGAAUCAGCUCGGAUUCUCUUUCCCAUCUUCUACAUUAUUGUGCUUGUUGUCAGUAUCUCAGGCAACAGCCUGGUUCUGUACAUUACUAGCCAGAAGAAGAAGAAGUUCAACUCCACCACACUGUACCUUAUCAAUCUGGCCAUCUCUGAUACCCUCUUUACUCUUGCGCUUCCCGGUCGGAUCACCUACUACAUCCGUGGUUUUGACUGGCCCUUCGGAGAUCUUCUCUGCAGGCUCACUGCUGUAAUUUUCUAUUCAAACACCUAUACUGGCAUCGCUUUCAUGACCUGCAUCAGUGCUGAUCGCUACCUGGCCAUGGUACAUCCACACAGGUGUCUGAAGCUGAGGAGUCUGAAGGUGGUGCGAGGAAUCUGCAUCCUGGUCUGGGCAAUCGUUUUCCUAGAAACAUCUCCUAUGCUCUUCAGAAGCAUGAUGAAAGAAUGGCAAGGUCAACAAACAUGCAUGGAGUACUACAACUUGGAUGAAUCCCCUAAAACCCCAUAUGUGCUUUUGUUUGCCUGUUUUAUUGGUUUCUGUUUGCCCCUGGGUCUUAUCCUGGGCUGCUACAGCCAGAUCAAUUCAAAGCUUUCCAAGAUGGCCAAGGAGAACCCUAUGACUGGCAAGUCAGGAAAAAGCAGCAGGGCCAAGAAUAUAAUAUUGCUGAUUUUGCUGAGCUUCAUGCUGUGCUUCUGCCCAUACCACGUCAAUAUCAUGCAGUUCAUGGUGCGCAGACUUCUCCAUAAGCCUUCUUGUGAGGAAAUGAAGUCCUUCAAGAUGUCUCUUCAGAUCACUGUAUCCAUGAUGAACUUCAACUGCUGCCUGGAUCCAGUCAUCUACUUUUUUGCAAUUAAGACCUAUAAGCAGAGAGUAAUGAGCCUUUUUAGGGGAUACAUGCCUGCGUCACUCUCCUCAAAGAGCGUGCCUGAUAACAGCAGCAGCAACACUUGAGAAGCAUCCUACUGAGUAACUACAGCCGAUGUUAUAGAAAUUCAACAAUUUUGAAAUAAUAAUAGUUUUGAUAAAGGACUUAUGAAAGGAUUCCGCAUAUAUUGUGUAAGGGAUUGACACAUUGGCAACAUUCUAUCAACCAUUUAUUAUCUGAUAGCUGUUAUAAAUCAUCCAAUUGUAUCAUUUCACUGACUUUGAUUCUGUUUUUAUGUGAAUUAAGGAUCAGUUUUCAUUUCUGUCUUCAGGUUUCAUUUUCUGUCUUUGUAUUAAAAACUCCACAUAGUAUUAAGAUUCUACCAGUUAACAGACUGAGGACACAUAUGUAUGUUUAUUAUCCUUAUAGUAUACUGUGACUCUGUCCUGUGAUUCUUUAUGGUUUGGCUUUGGAGACAUAUAGGAGAAACUAUGACUAAGGGACUGCGAAGUCACCACUGUUUGCUUGUGAAUUAUUAACCACAUUAAUAUUCAAAAAGUUAUUAAAAAAUUAGUGAAAUGCCGCACGGAUUUGAAAUGUAAAUUGUAUAUAAAUAAAUAAUAAAUAAUUGAAAACAAAAAAACAGAUAAAUGAAUAUUUACAACACUGAUGAACUUAAAUAAACGCUUUCACCUAAUAUGUAAACAAAAUGUAAAUAAAAUGUACAGGAGCCCAUUUGAUUGAUGUAAAGCACACAGUCAUUGAAGACCGUCAAUGUUUGUAAUGUGUACUUUGAAGU